UUAGGUCAAAAACUUCCUUCUUUUAGACCCAAAAAAGGGGACAAACUGAUUCUUUUUAUAGAAAUUUUAGAUUGAUGUAAUAGGAUUAUGUAUAUGUAUGGUAGUAAAAAGGGUUGUGAAAACCCUAGGAGGCAUUAUAUUAUACUACAUCUUAUUACAGUACGUCGGAAACUGAGAUUCUGCCAUGGAAAACAACUCCGCCAAGAAGAAGCAAACUCAAGGCCGCCGGAAAAUCGAGAUCAAGAAGAUAGACAACGUGAGCCACCGGCACGUGGCGUUCUCGAAGCGCCGCAUCGGGCUGUUCAACAAGGCGAGCGAGCUCUGCAUCUUGUGCGGCACGCAAGUCGUGGCCAUCGUAGAAUCUUACGGCGGCAAGCGCGUCUUCACCUUCGGCCACCCCAGUGCCGACGCCGUGAUAGAGCGUUACCUCUCCAACGCGCCACCGCGGCCGGCGAGUGAGGACGACGCGCCGGAGGAGAACGCCGUCGCGCAGCGCUAUCACCGCGCGUGGCAGGAACUCGCGGGAGAGAAGGAGAAGGCGGCGGAACGAGAUGACGGCUUCGGCGGCGGCGGGGACCACUGGUGGGACCUCCCAAUAGAGGACAUGGGCGCAAUUGAACUUGAAGAGUUUACGGCGGCGCUGGAGGAGUUGAAAAAAAAGGCUGUGUUGAGAGCUGACGAGUUAGAGGCGGCGGCGGCGAUCAUCGCCCAUAAUAACUACCCUAACAACAUCAACAAUAACAACUUAUCUUCUUCGGAGGUCCUGACGAUGUUGAUGAACAACAACGACGGCCAUAGCUACGACACUAUUGAUGAGUGUUUUAAUUGGUUCGCUGCUUCGUGAUUACGACAUUGAUGAUCGUCGUCCAAGCUUAAGGUAACUAAUUUAAUCUGGUAAUUAAUUUAUGAUUAUCCGGAACAUGAUUGAAUCUUCUUCAAUCUUUCUUAGCUACAUUAUUAGAAUCCUAGAUUAUUGAUGUAUGUUUCAACAAACAUUAUAUCAUAUAUUAUACUCCGUAUAUGAUUUUCUAGUAAUUCUAUAUGAUUAAUCUUUUAACGAGGAA